AUGCCCAUGUCUGGCAGUCAGACACAAUCUAGCGACUAUGAGCUUCUUGCCAGCCAACCCGAUGCUCAAUGCCUAGUUUGCACGAGACCUUUUACUUUGGAUACUGAGGUGACCAAUAGCUUUGAAGCUUUAGCUAUAUGCAGGGAAUGCAAGGCUACUGUGCUUAAUGAUAGUCAAAGAGAUGUAACAACCAGCACUAGUCAGCAAAGACGACAAAGAAGGCGGAGAUCUAGGACUGCAAGUCUUGAAUCUAAUGAGGAUGCAUUCUCACAGCAGUUUUCCCAACUGAUCAACUUAGCUAGACAGGGCCAUGAAGCAGAUAUUGAUUCUCCGACCGUUGUGCGACAGCUGGCAUCUUAUAAUUCUACACCGAACCAGUCCCAAAGGUGGCAUGCUUCAGAUGAUGAGAGUGACGGUCUCAGUUAUGCUGAUUCUGUGUUUGACGAGCUUGAAUCAAACAUCAGUUUUGGGGACUAUGGCGGGGAGUCAGAUGCUUCUCUAGGUCAACAUAGCAUGAUGGGAAGGGAGAUUACCAUUCAACUUGACAACGAGAGUUACAUGAAUACCGAUACAGAUAUUGAUCCCAUGAAUGCUGGAAUGGACCUGUGGGAUUCAGAUGACCAAGAGGAUGAAGAUGUGCAGUUGGAAGAAUCUGAUUUUGAUGAAGCAGUUGAUGCCAUGCAGCAGCACCAGCAGCAAUCACGUGGCAUUGGCCCCAGUGAAUUGACUGGGUGGGAGUCUGAAGAUGGGGUAUGGACUUGGAGAAGUCAAAGAGCAAAUAUGACCAACUUGAUGGCAGACAUGGAAGGGCCAGAUGUCAGGACACCUUUUGUUGGGAAUCCUGGUGAUUAUGCUGAUGCAAGACAGUUUGAGAUGAUUCUUGAACAAUUUGCUGAGGACGACAGUUCCAGAAGAGGAGCUCCACCUGCAGCGACCUCUUUCAUUGGAAAUCUUCCCUCUCUGGUUAUCUCCACAAGCCAUGAGGCAGAUGGCGCUGUGAUCUGUCCAGUCUGCAAAGACCCGAUGCCUCUCAGAACUAGAGCAAAACAGCUACCAUGCAUGCAUCUAUAUCAUUCGUCAUGCAUCUUGCCGUGGCUUAGUUCCAGGAAUACAUGCCCAGUUUGCCGAUAUGAACUUCCUACAGAUGAUCCAGAAUCCGAGAGGUCCGAGCGAGCUGCAACAAAUGAAAGAGAUGUCCUUGGGGUGGAGGAACACACCCAUCUGCAGGAAAUUGGUGAAGAAGGUUCUGAUGAACCUGGGGCUGAAGAAACUCAGGACAUGUUUAAUGAUGCAGUGGAAGUGACUAAUACAAGUGAACAUGGUGUUCAUGUUGCUGAGCAGUCAAACAGAGCAUGUGCCCACCGUCGAUGGCUGUUUAUUGCAGUUGCCCCAGCAGUAAGCUUUGUCGGUUUAGCUCUGGUUUUGUGCUUUGCAAAUCCUACUAGUAGUGGUAGAAGGCGACUGUGUCGUGGAUCCCAGAGUGCCUCUGCAGCACUUGUAGACACAAAAAGAAGUUGGUGGUCCAUGUUCUAG